CUCACUACUCUGCAAUCUCAUCUUUCUUUCUCCUUCAGAGCAUCAACAAUGGCUUCUUUCUUCUCCAUGCCCACUACUGUGCCUCUCUCGCUGUCGCUCAUGCUCGCUUUUCUUCUUAUUCCGUCAUCUGAAGGCCGAGAUUACUUGGUCGGAGGCGCUGAGAAUGCUUGGACGCUGCCUCGUCCCUCUCCGGAUUACCUCAGUCACUGGGCCCAUAGGCGACACUUCAGAGUCGGCGAUGCUCUCUUAUGGAAAUACGAUCAUAAAACAGAGUCGGUGCUGGAAGUGAAAGAGGAAGAUUAUAAAAGCUGCAACGUAGCGAAUCCGACAUCAAAAUACAAUGACGGAGAAACCAAGGUAGAGUUGAAACGCCGAGGUUCAUUCUACUUCAUUAGUGGGGCAGACGGUCAUUGCCAGCAGGGCUUAAGGCUGGAUCUGGUGGUUCGCUCCGAUCAGCACGGGGGUCAUGGGUCGCCGUCGCCUUCUCCGUCUCCUGCACCUGCACCUUCUCCAUCUCCGUCACCGACACCUGCACCUGCACCUGCACCGGCAAAGAAUGGCGCCGCCGCUUUAGGCAGUGGCGGAUUCCUUGGCCUUGUAAUGGGUAUGGGCGUUACGUUGGUUAUGAUGAUGAUCUGAUGUGAGCAUGCGUCUCUUGUGAUUCAAUAGCCUUAAUUUUUGCUGUCUGUUUGUGAACAUAUCUGAACUAGCCACUAGGCUACUAGCUGGAAUUGCGAGAGAUUUACUAAGUAUAAUUAACUUAAAAAUUUCUCAAUAAAGUUAUUAUUUG